CACGGCGCUCUGUGUCGCGCGCUUCACUGUAGCCGAGUGGAGACUGAAGCGGAAUGUGGCGCUGAGAUGCAGCACGGCUGAAGGAGCACGCAAACACACACCACCACCACUAACACCACCGGAACUACCAGCACAAGCAGCAGCCAGCAAGGUUCACGUUAACGGAUUUACAAUCGACAUCGACAUUCACAUAUUCAGCCACGAUCGUGUUCUUCACGGGUUGCAUGCAUGCUGUGAUGAGCCCUUGAGUUUUAUACUCUGCUCUGGGCAGCUGGCCUGGAGGAGCAAGUGCAUUGGGGACAGCAUUGGAAGAGAGAAACAGCAAUACAGCAGAGCUGUCAUGGCCAGUGCUGCAGAUGGCAUUGGGGGUUUGGGUACAGAGCAAGCCCACCUCAGUGUGCCUGUGGCGGACCCUGGUGCUUGGGCCACAGCCAUGAAUAACUUAGGCAUCGUGCCUAUGGGCAUAACCGGACAGCAGUUGGUGUCAGAGUCCAUCUGUAUCCAAGGUUUUGAUCCCAACUUGGGUAUUAUAGCACCUAUUAACCCCAUGAUGGCAGGGAUCAGUCUGGUGCCUCCCCCACCUGUGCAGCCUGAGCUACCUGUCAUCAAAGAGAUUAUCCACUGCAAGAGCUGUACACUUUUUCCCCAGAACCCCAAUCUUCCACCUCCAUCUACUAGAGAACGGCCUCCCGGCUGCAAAACAGUGUUUGUUGGCGGACUCCCUGAGAAUGCAAGUGAAGAAAUUAUACGAGAGGUGUUUGACCAGUGUGGUGAAAUUGUUGCCAUCCGCAAGAGCAAGAAAAACUUCUGCCACAUCCGUUUCAUUGAAGAGUUCAUGGUGGACAAAGCUAUUUACCUUUCUGGCUACCGGAUGCGCAUUGGUUCCAGCACAGAUAAAAAGGAUUCAGGCCGUAUCCAUGUGGACUUUGCUCAGGCGAGGGAUGACUUAUAUGAGUGGGAGUGCAAACAGAGGUUACUGGCACGAGAAGAACGUCAUCGGCGCAAAAUCCAUGAAGACCACUUGCGACCUCCUUCUCCCCCUCCUAUCAUGCACUACUCAGAACAUGAGGCUGGCCUACUCGGGGAAAAACUGAAAGAUGACAAUAAGUUCAGUGAGGCUAUAGCAGUACUGUUCACAUGGAUAGAACGGGGUGAGGUGAACCGGCGCACUGCCAAUCAGUUCUACUCUAUGAUCCAGUCAGCCAACAGCCACGUGCGGCGCUUGAUGAACGAGAAGGCCCAGCAUGAAGAGGAGAUGGAGCAAGCCAAAGAGCGCUUCAAGAACUCACUGCUCACCAUCCUCACUCAAUUUGAGCAGAUUACGGGCGUAUUCAGCGCUGCCACCCGGCAAAAGGCAUGGGACCAUUUCUCAAAAGCACAGCGCAAGAACAUAGACAUUUGGCGAAAGCAGUGUGAGGAGCUGAGAAACGCCCACAGUGAGGAUAUCAUGGGAAUCCGAAGAGAAGAAGAAAUGGAGAUGUCAGAUGAAGACUUGGAAGAAAACCCCUGUAAGAAGGUCCGGAUGGAUAACUCAGCUCUGGCUGCUCAGUCUUAUGGUCUGCGAGAAGAGAAUGACAGUCUGCGCUGGCAGCUGGAUGCGUACAGGAAUGAGGUGGAGCUGUUGAAGAAGGAGCAGGGAAAGGUGCAACACCCUGAAGAGGAGCACAGUCAUGAGCACCAGCUCAACUUCCUGCAGCAAACUAUGCACAGCAUGCAGCAGCAACUACUGAGACUUCAGGAUGAGUUGAAGGGGAAGGAACUAGAGUUGGAACAGGCACGAGAUGAGCAGCGCUACCUAGAGGGGGAGAUCUUCAGCCUCAAGGAGAAGCUUUUGAACAGCACAGAUUUGGUGGAAGGGAUAAACAACACCACUGACAUCCCUGACAAGGGAGUAAAUGGCACUGCAGCACUCUAUCACCAUCGAGAGAAGAGCAACGAGGCAUUAACGCGAGGUCCUCUCAAAUCUGAAAAGGAAGCUCUGUUACUUGGAGUCAUUUCAACCUUCCUUCAUGUCCACCCAUUUGGAGCCAACAUUGAGUAUCUUUGGUCUUAUAUUCAAAGGCUUGAUGCAAAGAUAUCGGCCAGUGACCUAGAACGACUGAUGGUGCGGCUACCAAACAUGUUCAAGCAAGAGUUUAGUGGUGUGGGAGCAACGUUGGAAAAACGCUGGAAGUUCUGUGGCUUUGAGGCCCUCAGCUCAACAUAACGAACAGAGAGCCAGUUUCUGCCACUGAGGUUAUUGGAACUGUGAGCACUGUGUCUCGGUGACAGACAGAAUGAGACUGGCCGUUGCCUCAACGAAACACAGUAAAGGGAUCUCCCUUGCUGCUGUAGCUGUCACCCCUGCUGUUCUGGUUUAAAGACAUUGAUGAUGGCAAAAGAAAAUGUACAGAAUCAGGAUAGAUGUGCUUACCUGAAAAAGCUCUAUUCAGCGCCUGAUCUUGUUGCAUAACUUUCUGUCAUGGCAGGAAGAAAAACCUUGGAAUACAGCAUCACACAAUUCUAAAUGAAGAAUGUGGAAUAUGGAUAUGUACUGUGACACACAUGGACCCAGCAGAUCCAGUGUCUGAAGCUAUACACCGCACUGAAAAAUUAUUUCAGAUUUUGCCAAAUGCAUUACAGAUUUAGGAUCACCUCAACAUUACAAAAAGUGUUCAGAGAAAAUACUUUUUCGUUUCAGCUUGAUAUUGUUCAUUUUGUGCUAUUUUUCUUUCAGGAGCUUCAGUCUUGAUAAAUGCUCCAGUUUAACUUCAGUGCAGCAGUUAAUACUUCCUCAUGAACAUUUGUGCCCCUGAGUGACGAAGGAUAUUUUACUGUCUAGGGUCUUUUGUUGUCAUGUGGACCGUGUAUGUAAUGUGCAUUCUCCUUGUGUCAUAAUGCACCAUCGUUAUCAGCUCAUGUUAAUUACGACUCUCAAAAACUCUAUUAAAACCCUUUUUAUUCAAA